CCAAGCGCAGCGUCCCGUGAAGGCACCUACUUCGAGAACACGCGCGGGACACGGUCACGACAGCUUUGUGACUGGCGAAUCAAGAAUAUAAUGCAAGGUACCAGGCAGGCUACCAUGUCUCGUCCUCCAUCGAUCUCACACUGUGCACGCCUCCCAUCCCCACUUCCACGAAGCCGUCUCGUACCACUGUCUUUACCGAAUCCACAAGCAUGCGAUCCUCGACGCUCUUCCUCUUUGCCUUUAUGACUAUGGCCUCCAGCACCAUCGCCGCGUCUCGUCUAGAUGGCCGCGGUCAUGCUGGAAAGAAAGGUAUCGGCAAACUUUGCCAGGCCGAUGACAUGUGCAAGUCUGGCUACUGUCAUCGCGGGCAAUGCAAGCCCCAGCGUGAAGCCGGCCAUAUCUGUCGCAAGGACAGUGCCUGCCUCUCGGGCAAGUGCAAGAACCAGACUUGCGCCGCCAAAGCUCACCCUCACCCAUCGAGCCACCCUCACCCUGCUCCCACGGAGUCAGGCCACCCCACUCAACCCCCCGUCAAGAAGGAUCCACCCACUUCUGGGACUUUGUCGUACGUCGCCGCUAAGGGAGAGCACGCUCAGCUACUCGGAGACGACGAAACCGACCUGAUUGCAUCAUACCUCGCGGUCGUCAGCAAAGGUCAGAAGUGGAGCCUUGAUUCCAAGGGUCAGCUCGUCAGCGAGAAUUCCCGAGUCCUUUACACAGAUGGCCAAUUCAUCGCCGCCCUUGCAACGCCAUCCGAUAUCCCAUACGAAUCUGGACUUGCGGCCUACACUUGUGUCAACAGCCCCAGCUCUACUGGUACUCAAGCGGUCCUUGACUGCACAGCCCAAACGGCAAGAGGCGACGAAAGCUCGUUUGUCAUCUGCAAUGACAGCGCACUGAAGGACGUCGAGGCGGAUGAGUACGCCUGCGGCGAAGUGUUGACGAGAUUCACCCAAUUGACGCUCUCCGUCUGAGGAAGCAGGCGCUCCACUUGUCGUCCUCGACUGAGAUUCCCUACCUUUCAGCGCGAGGCUCAGGACUCACUGACGACCUCGCA